GGCCGCCGCUUCUGCCGCCUCCGCCGCCGCCUCGGCCGGUGCCGCCUCCGCCUCGGCCGGCGCCGCCUCGGCCGCCAAUAAUGGGCAGAAUAAAAGUUUGUCGUCCGCGGCGCCCAACGGGAACGGCGGCAGCAACUCCUGGGAGGACGGCAGCUCGGGCUCGUCCAGCGACGAGGAGCACGGUGGCGGCGGCAUGCGGGUGGGACCCCAGUACCAGGCGGCGGUGCCCGACUUCGACCCGGCCAAACUGGCAAGGCGCAGUCAAGAACGAGACAACCUUGGCAUGUUGGUCUGGUCACCUAAUCAGAAUCUAUCAGAGGCAAAACUGGACGAGUACAUCGCCAUCGCCAAAGAGAAGCACGGGUACAACAUGGAGCAGGCUCUUGGAAUGCUCUUUUGGCAUAAGCAUAAUAUUGAAAAAUCAUUGGCUGACUUGCCCAACUUUACCCCCUUCCCAGAUGAGUGGACUGUAGAAGAUAGAGUCUUGUUUGAGCAAGCCUUUAGUUUUCAUGGGAAGACUUUUCAUAGAAUCCAACAAAUGCUUCCCGAUAAAUCCAUAGCAAGUCUGGUCAAGUUCUACUACUCUUGGAAGAAGACAAGAACUAAAACCAGUGUGAUGGAUCGUCAUGCUCGGAAACAAAAACGGGAGCGGGAAGAGAGUGAGGAUGAAGUGGAGGAAACAAAUGGAGGUAACCCCAUCGACCCUGAGGUUGGUCAAGCCAAGGAAAGCAAGAAGGAGGUGCCCCCUACUGAGACAGUCCCUCAGGUCAAAAAAGAAAAACAUAGCACACAGGCUAAAAAUAGAGCAAAAAGGAAACCUCCAAAAGGAAUGUUCCUUUCUCAAGAAGACGUGGAGGCUGUCUCUGCUAACGCCACUGCUGCUACCACGGUGCUGCGACAACUAGACAUGGAGUUGGUCUCCAUCAAACGACAGAUUCAGAAUAUCAAGCAGACGAACAGUGCUCUUAAAGAAAAGCUUGAUGGUGGAAUAGAACCUUAUCGGCUUCCAGAGGUCGUUCAGAAGUGCAACGCACGUUGGACCACAGAAGAGCAGCUCCUCGCCGUGCAAGCAAUCAGGAAAUAUGGACGAGAUUUUCAAGCAAUCUCAGAUGUGAUUGGGAACAAGUCAGUGGUACAGGUGAAAAACUUUUUUGUAAAUUACCGACGCCGCUUCAACAUAGAUGAAGUUUUACAAGAAUGGGAGGCAGAGCAUGGGAGAGAGGAGACCAACGGGCCCAGCAGCCAGAAACCCGUCACAUCCCCAGACAGUUCUGUCAAGAUCCCUGAGGAGGAAGAUGAGGCUGCUUCCGUCCUCGACGUAAGAUAUGCAUCUGCCUCAUGAGAACUGCUGGCAGCUUUGAACACUUGGUAUGACUACAUGUUAUCCAGGAUAUCAGGUAUUACACGACAUCACCUAGCCAUCUGCAUCACAUCUCUGUGGACAAGCAGCUAUUACCAAAAAAAGGCAUACACUUCCAGUCCUGUGCUACAUCUGCCUUAAUUCUUUGCUCGUUCCUCCAUGUUGGCACGACUUCCCAGAGAGCUCCAUUGCAUCUCAUUCUGCCUAAGGGCUGGGGAACCCACAGCCUGCACACCUCCCUCAAGUCUGGGGCCUGCACACUUCCUUCGAGUCUGGGACUCUCCCUCCAGUUGGCUCCCUGAGCCCCGUCAGUGGCAGCUCUCCCACUCAGCAGCUUCAGAACAGGUAGUCUUGAAAGGCCCAGCUCUGUCCUGCAUGGCCUGAAGUUUCUAUUUUGUGCAUAGCAUAAGUGUCAAGGCCCCAAUGGCCUUCAAGAAAAUUUCUCUUGUUCUUUCUGGGGCAGCCACCUAAGGACAUCAUGCUUCUUUGGAAAUCAGUGCAUUGGCAGACGAACAGGUAUAACCUGCCUGUAUCCUGCCAAGUUUCCAGAUACAACUGUUUCCCUAAACAGGGUAGAGUUAUGGUUUAUAAGUUAGGUGGUUCCUCUCCCCUUCUCUCUGCUAAUUCUCUCCCUUUUCUCCCUUUCUAAGUGGUAAAAGCUCAUUUGCAGCAACUGUCUUUGGACACGGUAGCUUAAUGGGAACGUGGACCUCAGCGCUUUCUGCCUUCAACUUCCAGCAUUAUAGUCCCAGGGUGUGGGUUCACCCCACCUUUCCCUGAUCCCCCAGCUACCACUAUCACCACCCAACUCCGAGAGAUUUGGUUCAUAUCACUGUACCUGGUGCUUGUACCUUUGGAAUUGGUGCCUUCUCCUUUGGCAACCACGUUAUUGAUUCCUUUUCUGUUCAAGUGUCUUAUUUCAAGUUUAUUGCUUGCCAAAGAUGACAUCAUUGAGGUGUAGGAGAUGAGGGAGCUUCUGCAGAUUUGACAGAGUGCAGAUUUUAAAUGUCAGGUCAGCUCAGUAAAGGAUCUGAGGAUGGCUAGGAUGGUUUUGUAGAUGCUGUAUUACCAGUAGGUCCCUUCAUGGUGUGCCUGGCCUAUUGUAUGUCACUCCGUGUGUCCUUUUGUGUCAUUCAUGUACCAGUGUGGUCACACACACACGUAUACCAUCCCCUCUCUUUUAAUAGCAGAGUACAGGACAAAAAAGUGAUGGAUGUAUUGGUCAGUGAGACCGAGAUGAAAAGAAAUAAUCUACAGAGUGAUACGUAAUGCCUGUUGGCUGGACUGGGAACAAGUAAAGUUUUCUAAUAAAUGUUCUGAGACUUCCAGAGUCACUUUUGCUCUCCUGACAGACUGUGGGCCUGCUGGGGUAGGAAGCAGAUGGUCAACCUGUGUUCUAGCACCUGUGGCCAGUUCAGACUGUACUAACCAUGCACAAAUUAUCUUUUGUUCUCAGCAUUUGAAUUUUUUUUUUCUGCUUUCAAUACCAAAAAAGAAAAAAAAGUAGAUGCUUUAAGGUAUAAACAGAAUUUUAAGAAUUUAAAAUAUGCAAUUGAAAUUUGAUGUAUUUUGAUUCCCAAGCACCUUUUUUUUUAAAAAAAAAAAAAAAAAAUCAACUGAUUUUUCUCUUUAGAAAGAGGUUCAGCUCUAGAAACCUAAGUUUUCUGGGUUGUGCAUUUUUUUCUGAGAGGUCUGGAGAAAGGCCGUUCCUGGGGGGAGUGCAGGGGGCUUUCUUCGUCCUGUCCCGUGCGUAUGGUGUCUGUUGGUCAAGGAGAGUCUGUAGAAAGCAGCACCAGGGGCACAGCCCACACCGCCCUGCCUGGGGACAGAGCGGAGUAACACUAGUAACCAGUCAAAUUUCCCUGUUCUUAUCAAACCUGCUGUGGAAGGAAGGGUGGAAGGAAAACAUGGGAUGGCUCAGCCUAGGUUUUGCCCGUCGCUUGCUCACAGGGACACUAAGGCACUUGCUAAAGCCGCUGCCUGACUUGUUCUUUAUCCCUGUUCUCCCUCUGGAGCAGGAGCAGGCUGUCUUGCUCUGUCAAUGGCUCUCUCUGCCCAGGCUAUUUUCCUUAGAAUCUAUUCCCUUUUGGCAAUGCCUAGACUUUAUGCUCAUCCUGGGUGGUGAGGCAGGCAGAGCAGCUGUGCCAGGCACCACACUGGGCUCUGCAUGCCGCUUACUUGGCUCCUGGAGUCAUGUGCUGGUAUGACUAGAACCAUGGUAGCUGAGUUCUGGCUUUUUCUCCAAAGGAAAGAGACAUGCCAUUUUCAUUUGAUAGAGGGGGAAAAGUGGUCUUUCCCGGCUCCUGUUGCAAUAGUCUCAUGUUUUAAACUUUAUUUUUUCAUUACAUAGUCUUUGCAGUGAUGUAAAUGCAAGAAAUCGCUUAGCUUUCAAAGCUGAGCACUCUGGUCUUGUAUAUGCAAAGACUGUUGACUAUGUCAAAACUUAGGUGCGUCAGCAGGUCGGGUUUGGGGCACAAUGCCUGCUUCUGAUGGCGUGUCACUUAAGCUUUGUGUUCUUAGAAAUUAUCAAUGUGAAUGUCAUAACUAUAUAUUUUUUGUUGGAAAAAUCUCCUAAAUAUAAGUUAUUGUGCAAAAUAUAGUAUCAUGGACACAAAUAAUAGUCUAACUUCUAGUUUAGAGAUCCCUAAAAGAUAUAAAUUGUAUUGCAAAUGCAUUAAAGUCUGUUUAUUUAAUUUUAUGUAGAUGUGUAAAGUGUUAGGUUAAAAAUUCUUUUCACUUAAUCCAUUUAAACACCUUGUUACUUGAAUAUUGUGUUGACUGGUCAGCAGCAGUGAUAAUUCUGUGAUAUAGCUCUUUAACCGGGGAGUCUCCAUGCCUGUUGUGCUGAUUAGCUUAGGGUGGCACACAGACAGGUGCUCUGUCAGCAGGAGCCAGAGGCUAGUGUAACACACCACUGCACUGUCUCACUUCUUUGUCAGGACAGCUCCCUGAAGGAUGGUUUCUGGUAGUUUUUAUAAGACGCUAUAAUGGUCACAAACCUCUAAUCAAAAAACAAAAGGCGAAAAAGCUUACUGUGGUGGGCCAAUUGAGCAGUUUUCUGUUUAGAGACAAUUUCCUCAGUGCUACACACCACUCUGAGUGUGCUUGUUGUCACUUUAAAUUCCAGCUAUACCCUGCUUUUUUCACUAUCAGAUGUACUAUUGGUAUGAUUGCACACCAAAAAUAAGCCAGGCGGUACGCUGCACUAACUGGGUCCUGCCCUCGUGUGAGAGAGCAGAGGCGGAGCCAACUCCAGCAAGCUGGCCUUUCUCUCGCAUCUGGCCUGUUUCUACAUGCAGUGACCCAGGAUUCAGGGUUUAGUAUCAAGUAGCCCAGAUUGACUCAAGGUAGUUAGAUCAUCUGAACCUAGUGAUCUUGUGCAGUGCCCUUUCCGCCACUCCCUGGAUCUUUGCAGCUUUUCCUGUGUAGUAAAGCACAAUUGCAGGAACGUUACAGUUCAGAAGGAAGGUCAGUAGAGUCUAUGCAUGUUGUAAAAUAAUGAGUGUUUACAGCACCUUCUCCUAAAACAAAAGUUUAUACUGGAGUGCAUAGUAUCCCAUUAUGUAGACUUAAAAUUUGCUAAGUGCUUUUUAGAUUGCUUAAAUUUUUUCAAGAUUUUAAAAGAUGUAUAAGGUUAAGUUUGCAAAUAUAAUGGAAAUGCUGUAUAUCUUUUGAAGUGAUAAAAUCCAAGUUGAGAUUUUAAAGAAACUAUGUUGUAAUAAUGCUGUUGUAAGUACUAUUUUCAUGUCUGCUUGUUUUCUAUUUCAGCACACUCAUUGUGGUGAAUGUCCAUAGCAUUAUAAUUGCUUAGCCAUUGAAUUAUAACAUUUGUUAGUGAAAAAUGGAAAUUUUAUUUGUGAAAUUCUGCAGAAUUCAUUUUUCUAUUUCCAAUAUUUGCUGGUUAAAUAAAAAUUUUCAAGCCAUUGA